UGGUUUUCGCUAGGCAUACUGGGGGAUGUAGUACACUAUGCAACUUGAACUGUAUUAUUUGUAAGACCUACAACUACAUCCCCCAAAAUAACUAAUAAGUUGUAGUAAAGUGAACUCUGGGAAAUGAAGUUUUUUUUUCAGAAGCCGUUUCUCACUCGGUAGCUUGAUAUGCUAAGCUAGCAAAAGAAGCAUGCAGCUGUAGUCAGAGGAUUGUGAAAUUACUGUUUCUGUCUGUUAAUUAACACCUAUAUAAAUCUGCGUUUGGCGUGUUAUACUACACUUGUUUGAUUAGAUUAUUGAAAACUAAAACGCUAAAAUGCUAUCCAGUUGAAGCUACACUCGACAACAUGUUAUUGGAGCUACUGCAAGGAAAUGAUUCGGGAGGAUUUUUACUCAUAAAAGACACUGCACAAUAUUCUGGAAGAUGCCUGCUGAAAAGUUUCAUCAAAGCUGCAUUGAACAGAGACGAAGAUGUCCACAUUAUCCUGUUUGAAGUUAGUGAACAAGAGCUGAAAGAUGGAUUAAAAGAAAUUCCAAUUCAAAGGUUACACUUCCAUAAUGCAUAUGAAGACCCCCUUGGAUGGACAAAUAGCACUUCUUUCACAGCUCAUCACUUCUGCUUAAAUCACCUCACACAGAUAUUAAAACAGACUUCUCAACCAAAAUCUACAACACUAGUGAUCGACUCGCUCUCCUGGAUCUUAAGGCAUGUUGAUACCACCAACAUUUGUUCUACACUUCAUCAACUUAAGAAAGGGGGAGCCGUAAGAACCAUUGUGGGUCUGCUUCAUGCCGAUAUGCAUCAAAAGGGCACUGUGGGAAGUGUGUGUCAUCUUGCCACCUCACUCAUCACUGUGGCACCUGGCAACGUAGGAGACACUUGUGUAGCAAAGAUAACAAAGCGUACAAAGUCUGGAAAAGUGCUACAGGAAGAACAUUCAUUUAGAAUUAAUGAAGAUUUAACAGUAACGAUGCUAAACAAGUCACCAAAUACUGAAACGGUGCAUGAAGAACAUCAGAUGGACCCAACCGCAAAUUUGACAUUUAACUUACGCUUAUCAGACAAAGAGCGUGAAGCAAAGGAAAAACUUUUACUUCCCUUCAUGUUCAGCAAAGACAAAAAAAACGCUCUUCUUCACUCGGGUGCUGGCUCGGGACGGAUUCUGUAUGAGCCUGAUGCCAGUGAUGACUAUGACCAGGAAGAUCCAGAUGAUGAUCUGGAUGUUUAAACAUCAGUGGACAACCAACCACAAAUAAGAUGUUUUCAGUACUAACUCUAUUAUUUUGUACAUAAAUAUGUUGCCAUAUUUUAUAAUCUCUUGAUUUUAAGAAUAAAAAAAAGAUAAUAUACA